AUGGCCUCCAAACACCUCACCCAAGCCUCUAUCUUCCUCGCCCCAGCCACCUCCCUCUUCAUGGCCGGCUACUCCUUCGCGGCCUCCCAAAACACCCUCCCGCACCUGUUCGCCCUCCGGCCGCAAACCAGCAUUCCCAUCUUCACGCGCGUCUUCCACGACGGCGGCAAAAUCGCCAUCCCCGCAUCCCUCAUCUCCGGGCUCAUGUCGCUGUACGUCGCGUUGUGGUGCACGUCGUCCCGGCAGAGGGUGCUGUUUACGCUGGCGGGGUUAUGCGCGUGGGCGACGGCGCCUUGGACGGGGUUUGUGAUGUGGCCUGGCAUUAAGAGGUUGAUGGAGAUGGAGGGGGAUGAGAGGGCGAUGGAGAAGAGUGAGCAAACGUUGGAGCAUGUGCAGUUGUUGAGGGCGUGGGUGAGGGGGAAUUGGGUGCGGACGGGGGCGUAUGCGGUUAGUGGGGGGUUAGGACUUUGGGCGGCGGUUUGGGGGUGA